CCGCCAUUGCUCUUAUUUGACAAGUAACUAGUGAGUUGUACAAAGUUUGCUUUAAACAAUUUGCUUUUCUUACAUUGUCAAUUGAUAGCGUACGGUUUAUUGAGGCUUACUCUGAUAAACUAGCCUUACUUACAGUAAAUUUCAGUGUUUAUUGUAGGUGUAUUUAACAUUUCUCAUAUUUAAGUGUACGGAAACUAAUCCUAAUGUUAUUUACCGUACUCGGAGCUAUUGCUCUCUUCCUGAGAGAAAGAAACAUCAGUACCACCGUCUCAGGUCAAGAUGAAACUCUGGACCAUCAAGAAGAAGGACUGGUCACGGUACCACCACCUGUGACCAACACUGAUGGUCGAGAAAUCGGUGACUGGUGUGAAGAAUCAUCUUUGCAUCUGGAGGAACAGAUCGAUGUUCAGAUUGAGGAACCAUCACUGGAGGAACCUGUUGAUGGUCAGAGUGUGGAACAGUCACUGGUAGAGCCUGACAGUGUUCACGGUGAAGAACCAUCACUGGUAGAGCCUGACAGUGUUCACGGUGAAGAACCAUCACUGGUAGAGCCUGACAGUGUUCACGGUGAAGAACAAUCACUGGUAGAGCCUGACAGUGUUCACGGUGAAGAACCAUCACUGGUAGAGCCUGACAGUGUUCACGGUGAAGAACCAUCACUGGUAGAGCCUGUCGAUGAUCACAGUGAGGACUCGGCCAGCUCCUCCAGCAGUAAUGAUGUUCCUCCAAACAUUUCCUACGCUGAGUCCAGCAGUAGUGAUGACUUCCCUCAAGAGUUUUCCUCAGCCGGAUUCAACUGUAGUAGUGAGCUCACUGCCAGCUCCUACAGCAGCUUCUUCACUGCUGAGUCGGGCUGUGGUGAUGACCCCUCCACAGAUUUUCUGUCUGCUGAGUCGGGCUGUGGUGAUGACCCCUCCACAGAUUUUCUGUCUGCUGAGUCGGGCUGUGGGGAUGACCCCUCCACAGAUUUUCUGUCUGCUGAGUCCGGCUGUGGGGAUGACCCCCCUCCAAAUGUGGUCCCUGCUAAGCCCGGCUGUAGUAAUAUCAAAUCUCCAAAUGUGGUACCUGCUAAGCCCGGCGUUCAUUUCAAAUAUCCAAAUGUGGUACCUGCUAAGCCCGGCUGUAGUAAUAUCAAAUCUCCAAAUGUGGUCUCUGCUAAGCCCGGCUGUAGUAAUAUCAAAUCUCCAAAUCCCGGCGUUCAUUUCAAAUCUCCAAAUGUGGUACCUGCUAAGCCCGGCGUUCAUUUCAAAUCUCCAAAUGUGGUACCUGCUAAGCCCGGCUGUAAAGAUGUCGCUAAAGGUGCAACCUGUAAGACAAAGGACGCUGAUCCACCUCAGCCAAUGAAGCAGAAGGAUAAAGACACAAACAUCAUUGAGAUCAAAACAAGGAGCUAUAAAAUUGGCGCUAAGCUGGGCAAAGGAGGCUUUGGAACUGUUUUCGAAGGAACCCGUUUACAAGAUGGCCAACAUGUUGCAGUGAAAAUUGCCAAGUUCGAGGUCAAGCGAUUCAUCCGUGUUGAUGGAUUUGACCAGCCACUUCCAGCGGAGAUCGCUCUGCACUUUCUUGCCAAUAAAGGCAUUAGGGUUAAAGAAAUUAUUAAGCUUCUGGAAUGGAAGGUGGAGGCCGAUCGCUACAUUAUGAUCCUAGAGCGGCCCAUAACCUUUAUGAGCUUAGAUGAAUAUUUAAAAAACCACAGUGGAAACAUCGGAGAGGACUUGUUACGGAAAAUCAUGUUCCAGACAACAACCGCAGCUCACGCGUGCUGCAAACGCAAUGUAUUUCACCGCGAUAUCAAGCCUGACAACUUGCUGUUUAGCCCACUGACCUUUGAAGUCAAAUUGAUUGACUUCGGGUGUGGUGAACUCCUAACUGAAGGCUUCUACUCUGACUAUUGGGGCACAUUAAAGUACUGCCCUCCAGAGUUUAGAAAGACUGGCAUAUACUACGGCGAGCCAGCGACAGUGUGGUCACUCGGGAUUCUCCAGUAUUUCCUAAUGUUCCGAAAGUAUCCAGAAAACCGUCAACUCCUCAAGUUGAAAAGCGGUUAUUUUCAGAAAUAUGGAUGGUCAAAAGAAUGCAGCGAUUUCAUCACCGGUUGUCUGCAGAUUACCUACAGCAAUCGGCUAAAGCUGCAUACACUCCGUGUCCAUGCCUGGUUUGAGGUAAUGAAUAGAUUUUGAUGUCAGUGAAAUUAAACAGUCAUGAGCUGAGUUUCCAUCCUAAUGUGAAGCACAUCUUCUCAAAGUGCACUAAAUAUAUAUAUUUAGUAUUUAUAAAUGCGGAUUAUGUGCUAAUGAUUUCCAUCAAGUUGGUCGAGCAGCUGAUCUGUAGUAUUGGUAACCUCAUAACCAACAGUAAACAAGUGUAAUUGAGAAAUGU